UACGUCAUGUUGGUACGCCGCGUCACAACGGACGCGGACGCACUAAACCAGCUAUACGCACUACGCAGGCUCAGACGCCGUCGUCGCCGAUCGAUCCGCAGGAAGCCGACGCCUAAACGCCGUACGAACGGUACGCCCAGCAGCAUAUAUAUUGGUCAUUGGACGGCCAAUACGCCAUCGCUCGGCGUUCGACGUACACACGAUUCUCGUCCCCCCCCCCUCUUCACCGAUCGUCCGUUGUUCGGCGCUUCCGUUUUUGCCGUUCGACCGAUCGAUCGUUCUUGUGAUUUCGUAACUGCAUUUUUUCCGAUUGUUUUCCCAUUCGCGUGCAACACUUUGCACGCCCGCCAUUGCCAAAAGCGUCCGGUUCAGCUACCGCCAACACAUAUGCCACUGUCGUAACGCGUCGCGGUGGCCAUCACUCCGGGACAACAGAACAUCACCAUGGCGGUCGUCGAGAUGAAACCCAAUUUCGUGAAAAGCGUCUCCUGUUUUAUUAAUGAUUUAUCGUACCGUGAAGCUGUUGAGAAUUCUGUGAAUUAUAAUACAAGAUUAUGUAUAGAACGGCGAUUGAGAAUGCCAUUUUUAGAUACACAAACAGGUGUAGCUCAAACACAUUCAAGUCUAUUAAUGCUAGAAAGACAACGUAUGCCCGGGUUAAAUAAUGGUCAAGUUUAUACAUAUCCUUCCAAAAGAUGGAAAAAGAAAAGAAGACAAUAUUUGUUAAAUACCUGCAAUACCAGUUCUGUAAAUUCCUCUGUAUUCAAUUCUGGAAGACGUAAAGAAUCUGGUUUAGCAAGUGGUGGUGAUUCUGGAGAUGGAACUAAUUCAUUUAAUAUCGAUUUACAUACUGGGGAUAGUCAAAAUGCAAUUUCAAACAAUGAAGAUAGUAAAGAUAGCCUUGGAACAAAUACUAUAGUAUCUAAAGAUGAUCAGACUAACCAAAACAGUUCAAACACUAAAGUAUCUUCUGAAUGGUACUAUGAUGAAUUUGAAAUGCAAGAAAUCGAAGGAUUUGAAGAACCUGAUGCAGAUUCAGAUUAUGACUAUGAAGAAAGUUACACUAAACGAAAACGACGAAAAGGUGGAAAGCCUGGUCGUAACAGUACAAAUAAUGAAAGUACAAGUGGUCGCCGCAGUACAAAAGGUUCAACAUCUGGAAGAGGAAGAAAGAAAGGAAUGAGUGGUUUCAUCGAUCUUCAAGAUCCUGAUAAACCAUAUGCAUGCGACCUAUGUGGAGCUCGUUACAAGACUCGACCUGGUCUUACUUAUCAUUACACUCAUUCACACAAGGAAAAACCUGCUGCCAAUAUACCUGUAGCAGAUGAAGAGGCCAGUCAAGAGAGUGGUUUAGUAUCAACCCCUGUGUCUCCACAAACACAACAGUCUCAACCAUUUGAACAACAACAAACUACAACAGGUUGGAGCAAAUUCCAGGACAGUUAUGUCACCUUCCUUAAUGCCCCUGGUGCUUCAGGCAGCAACAAUACUCCAGUGGCUUCUCCUGCUCCUCACUCAAAACGGGUUUCAGCUAGAAUGUCAAACCAUCAAAACAAUUCUCCGCUGGUAACGUUAAACCCAAAUGAAGCAGCUUCAAGCACUGCAAGUUCAACUUUUCCAUCAACUACUACUCCAGCAAAAACAUCACAUAAUAAAGCAGUUUCAAGAGAAGGAUAUACGAAAACAAAAUCUGGAGGCAAUAAUAAAUCUGCAAAUCCAUCACCGUAUUGUGAUUUUUGUUUGGGCGAUGAAGUAUCUAAUAAAUCUGGUCAACCAGAAAUAUUGAUUUCUUGUUCAGACUGUGGUCGUUCAGGCCAUCCAACCUGUCUUCAAUUUACUGCAAACAUGAUCAUUUCUGUUGGAAAAUAUCGUUGGCAGUGCAUCGAGUGCAAAUGUUGUUCAAUUUGUGGAACAUCAGAUAAUGAUGAUCAACUUUUGUUUUGUGAUGAUUGUGACCGUGGUUAUCAUGUGUAUUGCUUAACACCACCACUUACAUCACCGCCUGAAGGUUGCUGGAGUUGUAAAUUGUGCAUCAAAGAAUUCCAUUCAAAAUAAUGUCUAUCCUCAGAAAAAACUUUUUUUUUUCUUAUGAACCUUUGAGCUGUAUAAAUGUCAUCUUGAAUAGUUAACCAAAUUGUAUUCCAUAAGGUGUGUUUACUAAAUAUAUUUGAGUUCAACCAUUGAUCACUAGAUAUUUAGGGUCAAUCAGUAUUAUAUAAUUUAAGUUUUUUUUUUGUAAUCAUAUUUUUUUAUAAUUUUUUAAUUGCCAAAUUUGGUUUACAUAAAUUAGUUCAAAUUAUAAUUUACAUCAAUUUGUUUUGAGUAUAUUAUUUUUAUUAUUAUUUUUACUUUUUUUAAACCAUUGUGUGUAAUUGACUAUAAUAAGUGAUUUUUUUUCAAUAUUGAAUGAUUAAAUUUUUUUGUUUCUACAGUUCAUUUAUUAUUUUUUUUUUUUCAACUAUUAAAAAUAAUCAAUUUGAUUGAAUUGUAUUUCCCAAUUGUGAUUAAGAAUAAGACACAAAAUACAAAAUUUAUAUUUUAAAUAUUGUCAUUAUGUAUAGGUAAAAUAAUGAUCUUGAUUAAUAAAUAAUUAAAAGCAUACAUUA